GUACUAACUACAAGGCCACCUCAAAUGCAAAACCGUGAAGCCUUCCAGAAAAUCGGCUUCCGAAAAACGACCAUCAACCGCAGCUAUGAAGAGGAGAAUGAGCCAGAGUUGGAAGAGACCGCGGUCAUGCUGGGCGGAGAGGCAGCAACCCAAGAGUUGGCUGGCGAGACAGCAGAUGGGGAAGAAAUAGCGGAGGCCAUAUUCGAUGAUUUAGAGCCAGUGAUGCCCAUACUCAGACAUCUUUCGCUCCCUAGGCUUCAGACCCAUCACUCAGUUAUCCUUUUUCUCAGCCCCACACAACCUGCCUUAGUUCGGAACCAAAGAUGUGAAAAUGCAACACUUCCCCUUUUUCACGCUCGAAUCCUAUAA